AUGGAGGAAGCCAACCCAAUCAAUCUUACCUUCACCUAUCUCCGAAUCUUUUGGUUCAUUCACAUUUGGAUGGCUAUCACCGGUAUUCCGGGUGUCUUUAUUACAAUCAACUUCAUUUUUUGUUGGGGUUGUGUUGCAACGGAUCGUGAGAUUUUAGAGUACAGAAGAGGAACAAGACGGGCGGUUCGGAGGGCUUUCAGGGGAGCCUUGAUCAUUAUCAUUGCGGUCAACGAGUUCGGACUAUUGUUUUACAAGAAUCCAAAAACUGAGCACUACUUUUCUCAUUUUGCUAUUUUCUACACAAUUUUCGCGGAAGGAGGAUGUCCGGCAGUUUUUGGAUUAAUCUCCACUCUGUUUUAUCUCGCUUCAAUGAUAUCCGACGAGAGAAUCACAGUUUUGCCGAUGGAACGAAAAUUGAGGAUUUUGUUGUAUUGUACGUGGGGACUACUGUUUGUCAUGGCUCUGAAUUACUUCACAUUGUUUUGUGAACCCGUCGAAAACGAUAAAUUCAGCUCUCAUCUUGCCAUUUUCUAUGCUGUUUUUGUUGGAAUCAAACUCCGAGAAUAUGCCCAUGAGAUCCGCGAGCGAGAAUGA